GAGAGGCUGUGUAUGUGUCAGAGUCAUGUCAAAUGGGGGUGUGCUCAGUUGAGUAGAAAUGAGAGCGAAAGCUAAUAUAAUCCAUCACGCACCCUCCCAAACCUUUUCACACUAGUUUAAGUUCUUUAAAAGCUGCUGUCAGUGUUGUCUGUGCACCUCCUCAUCAGUUUGUCUUGCCUGUGGGAAAUUAUACGAUUUGAUGAAGUUAGAAGAGCGUAUGGUUUGAGAAAAGAAAAUCUAUCUGGGCUAAGAGACUGGAUCCAUUUAUCCGUGGAAACUUUUAAGUGCAAAAUGUUCCUGUAUUUGAACAUCUUGGUCCUGCUUCUAGUGGAGACAGCUCUUUCAAUCCCACUGACUACACCAUCGAGAGGAUGUUCCACCUGUAAGGGAAAGCUCUCCCAGGGUCAGCUACCUGGAGAUUUAAACACCACUCUUCAGGCUGUUGGACAGCCAUGUGGUGUCUACACUCUGAGCUGCUCUCAUGGUCUGCGCUGUGAACCUCCACAGGAUGAGCCAAGGCCCCUCCGUGCCCUGCUGGAGGGCAGAGGAGUCUGCACUAAUGCCAGCAGUGCCACCCCGACCAAACAGGUCUCCAUUUUAGACCCAGCUCCUGUUGAGGAUCCAGAAGAGGCUCCCUGCCGUAAACUGCUAACUACACUUAUCAAAGGUCUUGAUGCCCAUAUAUUUAAGUCCAAUCAUGACAUCUACAUGCCCAACUGUGACAAACGUGGGUUCUUCAGAAAGAAGCAGUGCUGGUCUUCUCGAGGCAAGCAGCGUGGGAGGUGUUGGUGUGUGGACCAGCACGGCAUGCCCGUCUCCUCAAACACCAAACAGAGGGGCAGCCUCAACUGUUGAAGGGCAUGAAGAAGCCAACUGCCAACAUCAGACUGCCAUGAAGGAGCCCCAGAGACUAUGCAAACUAAGAACAGCAUCCCAAAAGUCAUUCCAAGCAAUUUCUCCAUCACAGAAAACUGUCUCACAAUCAGAUGAAGCUUUGUCUGCUUGCGCCCUCUGCUGAACAAGAUCAAGCUAAGGUGAAUUGUUACCACCACCUCUGCCUGUAUUAGUUUUACAAGCUUUACACACUCUAAGGAGAAUGUCCUGAAAGGUUCUUGUAAAUACUUAAGCAUUAGUAAGUCCUUGAUUGAGGAACCACACAGUUUGAAAAUCUAAAGCUUUAUUUAGCUUACUGUUCAUUUCUGUUAUGUUUUCAUAUUUAUUCAAUUUCAAUACAUUCCUUUUUCACAUUUCUCUUUUACCUAAUUAUAAAUGUUACUGUAAUUGCUGCAUGCAGCACCCAUAUUUAAUCCCCUGACAUUUAAUCCUAUUUAUGCUUAUUUAGAAGUGUUUAUUUAUGUUAAAACUGACCAUGUACUGAUACUGAAAAUGAUGCCUGUGAUAUACCUGUAACAGCAGAUAUCUGAGGUAUUUUCAUGCAUCUUUAGCUGAAUUAUGAGUAUUUUUCGAAGACUGGUACUGAUGGAAAGUGUUAACAAUGUGUCCCUAAGAUACUUAUUUAUUUGUAUGUAUUUUAUAAGCUGUCAUGACAAAAAUAAAAUGAAAUAAAA